AUGGAUGAAUUUAUUUUGAUUGAGACUUCAAUUGAAACUGAUGAUAAACCUAGUGUACCAGCUUUAGAUGACAUGACCCAACCACUUCUUAAAAUUGACUUGCUGGUAAAUAUGGUUCAAGGAGAAGUUCCAUUCUCACUGCGAGAUAUCUCAAAUAUAAAUAUACCAGACCUUGAUACUCCAUCCACAUCUCAAGACAUACUUCAAUGUGCAGGCCACAAAAUACUACCCGCAGAGUGUCAACAUACAGCCAGUUUUUACUAA